GGAUACGAUGUGACGUCACGCAACUUGAUUAGCAUAUUCCAGGGUAUAUAUAUCCUCUGCUUGAGCCGCUCGAUUCCCAAUCCACUGCAGCAGCGACUUGACUUUCUCCAUCGGCGACCGACUGAACUCUGAUAACCCACAAACAUGGAUCCCAAACCAAACAUGGCUGCGGUGGCCGACUUCGACAAGAACAAGCUGAAGAAGACCGAGACGCAGGAGAAAAAUACUUUGCCUUCCAAAGAAACCAUCGAACAGGAGAAGAAAGCAGAUCAGGCAUCCUGAGGAGGCGCGGUCCACGAUGCACUGUACAUUCCACGAGCAUUGCCUUCUUUUUUCACUUGUUUUAGCGCUAUAACUUUGUAAAUGAAAACCUAAGUUGCAUUAUGAUUGAACGAACGCAGAUGACUGCACCCAUCUUCCCUGUCCCCAUCCCUGAACCAGUUUUUUAUCCGCGAUGACCGUGCGGCGGUCUGUGCAGAGCCUGUCGCCCAUCCUUAUGUCCUCCGAACGUCUCCGCAUGGCAACAAGGGGCGGGGAGUGGGCGGGGCCCAGAAUCCCAGGAACCUCCGUUCCUUGGGUAACGUCUGCCAGCCCAUAACAAUGCUUUCAGAUCGAACAGCAUUCACUUCUCAUUUCAAAUAUUGGAAUACACGAUCUAUUCUUUUUGGUAUGCAAAUAAAUUGUUAAACCCUGUAAUAUGUGGUUCUGUGAAUUGAUUUUUUCUUUUUUUUUAAAUAUAUGUAUACAUAUACAUUCUGUGGCCAAAACUGGAGUGGAACGUGGAGGUCAGGACGAACUCGUAAUUUUUUGACCAUUUGAUGAGGAUUAAUUAAUGGGAUGGGUUUUUAAAACAAACUUUUUGGAAUGAAUUGUUUAUUUGGAUUUGUCUCGUUAGAAUUGUCUCGGUGUAGAAAAAACAUCGCUGGAAAUUAAACCAAUGUGGUUUUAAUUUGACUUAAAACAGCCAAUCGAAUUGAUUUCUGAAUUGAAUUGUGAACACCCCGCAAUCAUUCUGCAAAACCCUAUUGAAGUGGAAACCAAAAAUGUUCUAAUAAAAUAUUUUUUAUUUCCA